CCUCGCCGCCAUUGUUCUCCCAUGAACACAUGUAAACACUGUUCCGUCUCCUCAGAUCGAUCACUGUGAUCGGGUGUGUUUCUCAUAAAGCUUCACGACGUCUCUAUGGAAACGCGAGCCAGCUGACGUCACAGGAGCUAACUGUGGCUAGCAGCUAGCUGCGCACGUGUUGUUGUUGUUGUUGUUUUGUUUUUGUUUGUUUUUCUCCUUUAAAGGCAAACAGCUUCACUCCUCCACCGGCAUGACGUCAGCCUCCGCCAAGGUGGGGGAGAUCUUCUCAGCAGCUGGAGCCGCCUUCACCAAGUUAGGAGAGCUGACCAUGCAGCUCCACCCGGUGUCUGACUCCAGCCCUGCAGGAGCGAAGUGGACGGAGACGGAGAUCGAGAUGCUUCGUCUGGCGGUCCGUCGGUUUGGAGACGACCUGAACAACAUCAGCUCUGUGAUCAAAGACCGCACCGUCGCUCAGAUAAAGACGACGGUGAAGAGGAAGCUGUACGAGGACAGCCGCGUCCCCAUUUCCUCCGAGACCCCGAAGAAGACCGUCAAGAAAACCGCCGUCGCCGUGACGACGGCCCCGCAGCCCGCCGCCCCCGCCAUGAACGCCGUGCAGACCUCGCAGGUUGUCGUGGCGACGGGCAUGCAGAGCAGCCCGUCCAUGGCCCCUCCCAUCAAGAAACAGAAGACGGCAGAUGUGACUCUCAGCGCUCUGAAUGACUCGGAUGUGAACAGUGACCUCGUCGACAUCGAAGGACUCGGUGACGGCUCCUCCAACAAGAAACUCAACUUUGACCAAGAGAGCCUGAACCUGGACUCCAGCCUCAUCAUGAACUCCAGUGACCUCCCCCUCCUGUCCCGCUGACCUUUGACCUCUCAGCUGAGACGCCACAGGCAUCACGUCUCACCUGACAUUUAAACGACUCCGACAUGUUGAUCUAACGUUAGAUGGUCCGAGGAACCAAAUUAAAAUGUAUUACUUUUUUCUUUUUAUACAGUUUGUUUGACUGAUAAUCUUCAGGUUUUUGUUUUGUUUCUUUUUGUUGGACAGAAUUAUGUUUCCAUCAGCGAGUUUUAGUUUCUGUAAAGUUUUAAAUCCGACAAAACAUUUUUUUACUUCCUGUUUUGUUAUCAUGAAUAACGUGAAGCUGUAAAGUUGCUUUAAUAUGAAGAAGACGUGUCGUCAGAUGACGAAUCAUUCUCUCAGAUUAGACUCAAAAUAAUGAUUUUGAUAACGACUUUAUGUUUCAGUCGCAGCGCUGAGCUUCUGAUUUAAUAACUAAAAUACAAAGUUAUGAUUUGAAGAUGUUUCCUGAAUCCUCAAAGAUUCUUUGAAUCAUCUGGAUGAAAAAGAUAACAAUAUAAAAUGUAUGAAAUAAAAACAUUGACCUAUUGUUUGUGAAACAAGCUGAACAUUAACGCAAAUAUUGGCAGAAACAUAAAAACUUUUAAUUUCUGUUUGGAUUCAGAAAAAAAGACAGACAUCUGAGAAGCAGGUUAAAAAUGUAAUGUUUUCCAUCCAGAUGUUUAAAAGUCUUUAAGGAUUCUGUAAAUGUAAUAUUUCCAAAUAAAACUGUAAAAGCUUAACGCUGUGACUCUGAUGUAACGUUGGUAAUGUUUAUGUUGUAAAUCAAACUGAAUUCAUCGUCGGAUACAAACGACGUUUGAUGAGCGAGACUCUGAGCCGAUCAGAACUUUAAAGUUCAGUCUGAUAGUUUUCUACGUUUUUCUCAGUCAACAGAUCUCGUGUUUAAAUCAACGUGUUUGUUUUUAAAACACACCGUUCCGUCAGUAAUCUCCUGAAUCCGCUGCUCGCUGUAGUUUUUAUCCAACAAACAGGAGGAAGUAGUGCAUCAGCGGGGGACUACUUUCAGCGGCGGAUUAAUCCACAUUUGAUGCUUUAGAGAAUCAACUGGUAGAACUCCAGACUCGUGCUUUAAGUCGUCGGUGUUCCUGAUGGUUGGCGAUCAUGACGCUGACCAAUCAGCGACUGUGAGAGAUGUAAAAAAACAAAACACGUUUUGAUUAUGUUGAAUA